AUGCUUCUCUUAUCCAUUUUGUCAUUCACAGGGCUAGCUGCCUCCGUCGCUGCUACAACACAACCCGCAACCGCGCCUUGCUCUGACACCGGCCUCCCCUUCAACAUCACCGCUCUCAACGGCGUCGACGGCGAAUCCGUCCUGGAAUGCUGGCAGCUGGAACACCAGUUCCGCCUGACAUCUCGCUCAGGAAUUGCCGGUUCGCAGAGUCUGUUUAUGGGUGACUUGACCAACGGCACAUACAACAUCAUCCCGGCGCGAUACGAUGGCGGUUUCCACAACGCCCCGGCCUUUCAAUACGUGCUCGUCAUUUCUGGCCUCGCACACAUCACCCUGCACAGGGGCUCAGACGAGUACUGGCAGCGCGAGGGCCGCUACGGCCUCAUUAUUGCCGGCGAUACGGCGGAUGUCUCCAAGCACGGUCACCGUACACAGUUCCCAGGCGGUACGGACACGCUAUCUAUGGGCUUGCCGAUCCCGAAUCGUAAGGAUUUCCGGUAUACGCUUUUGCAUAGCGGUCCGUGUACGCAGGAGGAGAUGAUUGGGCUGUAG